UGCCUGACACGCUUGCGCAAUUCAAUGUUGUGAUUAUAACCGAAGCAAUAUGUCUGCCUCCGUGGUGCGGGCUACCGUCCGAGCGGUCAGCAAAAGGAAGCUAUUACCCACAAGAGCCGCACUGACCCUGACCCCAGCGGCUGUGAACAAGAUCAGGUUUUUGCUGCAGAACAAGCCAGAAUACAUCGGUUUGAAGGUCGGGGUGAGAACGCGCGGCUGUAACGGGAUGACUUACACACUGGACUACACCAAGGAGAAGGGGAACUCUGACGAGGAGGUUCUGCAGGACGGUGUGAGGGUGUUCAUAGAGAAGAAGGCGCAGCUGACCCUGCUGGGAACCGAGAUGGACUUUGUGGAGUCCAAACUGUCCAGCGAGUUCGUCUUCAACAAUCCCAACAUCAAGGGCACGUGUGGCUGCGGAGAGAGCUUCAACAUCUGACCCCUGUCCCCCCGGCUCCCCCGUCCCCUCCACGAAGACCGAGAGACUGAACGAUGACGAGGAAGUCGGGCUCUAACUGCAGACCACUCGCCACACACACACACACACACACACAUUUAGGUUCAGUUACCUCUGAUAUUGACAACUGCUUUUUUCUUCUUUAAAAAAACAACUGUGAUCUGCAUAAAAAAACAAAAACUUAAAACAACCUCAAAAGCGAGAUGUUUUUGCUGCCGUUUUUUAAAAUCACACAAUGUGAUUGCGGCACAAUCAUUUCAGAAAAGUCAAAUUUUAAGUUGGCAAAGCUUGAAUCUAUCCACUAAAAGCCCGUAGGCCAACCUCAGCUGGUUGAGUGAGUGUCUUGAGAGCGCUUUAUUCAUUUGUAAAGUGUAUAUUUAUCUUUUAUGUGUAAAUAUAAAGAAUGUAUAUCUCCCUUGAACCACGCAAGCGCACAAAAAUAACAUGCAUCCCUCAUAGAGUACAUGAGGUUCGUGUUCUUUCUUUUUAGCUUGAUUUAAAGCCGUUGCGUUUGUAUCGUGCAAUAUGUCAUAUGUGUACAUAUGGAAUAAUAAAUGGCUAAAUCCAGAAAA